AAAUUUUCUCGUUUUCCUUAAGUAAUAACGAGUUUAACAUUAUCUAUUUAGGUCGUUGUGAAUCAAAUCAAUGCGCAUAUAAGAUUUUAUUUAGGAAGUGUUAAGUGUCAUAUUGCGGCGGAGGGCGUUUGUGUGCGUUUGCUUAUUCAGACUGAGAUAACAACAAGAUAGAAAGUCCAAUAGUUGCGAGACAUUACAGCUUUUUAGAAAUAUCAGUAUCGAUACAUGACUGGCCAAACACAAACAUCCCAAUACACACAGGUGGAAACACAAAAGAAAAAAGAUAGCGGACAAUUUUUGUGCUAACAUGACGUUGUCGUGCUGAAUGUAACUGGUAAGCGGGCGGGUUCAACAGUGUUGGCAUUUCAUCGACAAAACUCUACUUAGUCGAGAUUCGCUGCUGACCGGACUUAUUGAUUGCCAAUGCGAGAGGAAAAUUCCGAUGAUUUUUGUCUGGGUUUUGAAUAACACACACAAACACAAACUGCAAGCUGCAGGAUCCAAGGAGAAGGAGAGAUUGACGUUACGAUGGCCGAUCGCUACUACCGUCUCAUCACAUUGGUCGUCGAUGUUUGCACGCCUGUCCUUAGAGAGCUUUUGCUGUUCUAUGCAAAGGCAGAUACUUCCACGCAGUUUAUAAACAUCCAACAGUACAUGUCAGCAAAGGAACCAAAUGUUCGUCAGUUAAGAGGUCUCCCGAAGCAUAUUUAUGAGAAGAUUUACAACUCAGGACCUAUUGACGAAAGUAAAUGGGAUAUUACUUGCAUAACGUGUUUGCUUCUUGGCAUUUUUACUUUGCCAAUACACAUUAAAUCCAAUGUUGAACAGAUAAGAACUGAAAGAAACAAGCUUCAGCAUAUUAAACAGCUACAAAGCUUAUCGGAGCAAGAGUAUGAAAGUACAUGGGGGUCAAUAGAACAAAGUAUUCGCCAACUCGUUUCAAACUUGUCUCCCGGAUGUCAACAACAAACUGCAGAAAACAUAAAUAAUGCAAGAAUAGGUAACUUUCCAAAUAUGUGCAAUACGUUUACAACUUGGUGUCUAAGUUUGGCCGGUGAUCUCGAAGAAGUAAAAGAGAAUACACACGUAACACGACGGAUUGUAGAAAAUGUCACAGAGAAACGAGUGGACAGCCGGGGCAUAGUUGUCAAGCGAUUUAAAGCAGUUGAUGACAUUUUAAGGCGUAUGAAAGAAUGCUUUGACUCAACGAUGUCUAGAGAGCUCCCGGAUGAUUUUAAGCCACCCGAUUGUAUUGCACAAAUUCGUGACUAUCUCCGACAAAAGCGACAUGUUAUUGUCACCGGGACCGUUGGUCGAUCGUAUCUACAGGUUGCAUUGGCUGCAAUUAAAGAAAUAAAUACUGAACCUAAUGUAAGUGCUGAAAUAUCUCUCCCGUCAGAUUGGCGCCAUAUUGAUCCGUCGGAAAUCAAAUUUAUCCUCAGCAAAAACCCGUUCGGUGAUGACUUAUUUGACGCACAAAAGGCGCGAGCGAUGGUUGAUGUCCUUUGUCCGAUAAUUAAUUCAGCUUAUGCCGGGGAGUUGACACUUGCAAUCGUGACAAAGAAAGACGUUCUCGUCCAAGCUCAAGACGUUUUCGGGAAGGACCAUGACGUGUUACAAAACAUUGUUGAAUUAUAUGCUGAAACAACAAUGAACAAUCCUGAAAUGAUUGUAUCUAGACCCACGACGUCUUGUUGCCCAAAUUGUCAGAGGAUGCCACAUAGUGCUCUACAAGUAAUGAGUUCCUGCUAUCUUGCACAAACAGAAGAAUUGCCACUGAAGAAAUCAGUCUUCGAAGAGGCGAAAUCUACGUUGAAGAAAGAAAGAGUCGUUGUUCUUGUGGGUAGAAAUGAGCGUCUCAUCCGUUCCUGCAUAAAACAAUUAGCUGAACAGUUUGCACCGAACAACUGUUUGGUAAUGAGUAAUCCAGAUGACAUCAAACACCUAGAUACGGGAGCGGCAAUGGCAGUAUUUCUCAAUAUCACGGGACAGUUUACAUUUGAUAUGAGCAAAAGUCGUCGAUGGUUCGAGUACUUUGAUUUCAUUCAUGCUCUUGUGAAAUCAAACAAACUGCGCGUUGUACUGACGUUUGAACAGUCAGCCCUUACGCGCUGCAUCACCAAAAUCAAUGACCAUGAACUGCUGAAGCACAAAGUGACAAUUGCAUUCAGAGACGUUGAAGAAAUUCAAGUAAAAAGGGAGGCAACAGCUGAGGACGAACUUCCACCACCAGGUACGAGUUUCCCCGGAGAGCAAGAUGAUUCAGACGUUCCCUGUACUGCCAGUCAUCUAACUGACAUCAUCUUACCAUGGAAAAGCGACUACCGUAUUUUGACUUAUAUCACAUUGCUGUCCUUCAACAGGCUUCUUAUGACAGGAAAAGAUAUCAUGUUACUGAAUCUUCAAACGCAGUCUUUAACUUCCUCGUUGUCCUUCCAGGAUUAUUAUUGUCGCGCAACACGUGUCUCUGAUACAAGAGCGGCCAUUUGUCAUGAUGCACACACUAUUAAGUUCAUCUUGGUGUCUGUCACUGACCAGAUGUCCUGGGACGGUGAGAUAAAUGUUGGUGGGGUUUAUACGGAUGUUGUCUGUGUCGGGGACAGGCUGUUCGUUAGUUUCGUACUCAAAAGAAACCAAAAUAUCAAAGUGAUAGAUCUUGAUGGAAAUGUACUGAAAAGCAUACAAGGAAAUUAUCACUAUCCAACAUUUGAAAAAGAUAUUGCACUUUGCACUUAUGGUAGUCAUGACGUUUUAGUAUACCAUAGCGAUGUGGUAACACGAUAUUCGAAAGAUGGAACGGAGCUGCAGUCAUAUCAUAUAAAGGAAAAAAAUAACAAUAUUUACAGUCUUAUAUCAGACGGGUCAGGCUAUCUGUUUAUUUAUAAAGGUUUUGGAAACACCGUGUAUCAGGUGUCGUUAGAGAGCGGCAGCGAGACAACGCUGCUGGACGAGAGUCACGGGAUCCGUGAUGUACGGGGUUUGGCCUACUGCAGUACGGAGGAUAAAGUUUACGUAGUAUGUUAUAAAUUUCCAGCUUCUGUGAUUAAAGUGUUCAAGAUCUCAAAGUAAUAUACGUACUGAACUACGACUUUGUUUAGAGUGAUAUAAUAAAAAUGUUAAAAAAGAGGGUUUGGCCUACUGCAAUACGGAGGAUAAACUUUACGUAGCGUGUUGUGAUUAUACGAAAGAUGAAUAUGUGAUUAAGUGUUUAAGAUCACAAAGUAAUAUACGUACUGAACUACGACUUUCUUUAGAGUGAUAUCAUAGAAAAAAUCUCUCUCUCUCUCUCUCUCUCUCUCUCUCUCUCUCUCUCUAGAUGUUUACAUAUAUACAUUAAACCCUAUUAUAUAUAUUAUGUUAGAUUUAAUAAAAGAAUGUCAUUACAUACGCAUAUAUGUUACAGAAAGUUUUAACUAGUAAGUGAUUUGUUCAAAUGUUAGCAGCUUUUCACCAGUUUUGUGUGUAUGUUUAAGUUUAGAUAUUUUAGUUUCAUUCUUAAUACGACGUAUUGGCCUGAAGAUCUUUAUCAACACAUGUGUCCUAUUAUCAUACAGCCGAUUAUAUAUAAACAUUCCUUUACCUUAUAUAUUGUAUCAAAUAUUAACAAGGAUUAAAGACAUUUACGCCCAAACGUCAUAUUAUAUCAAGAUUAAAACUAAAGUAUUUAUUUAUAAAUUUAUCACUUGAGUAGUUAUAACAGAGAUCUUUGUGAAUGUGUUUUGCCUUAUUUAAUUGUGAAUUGACUGUUUAUA